GUACAAUCCAAGAUUUCAUUUCAAAAGAAAAAUUAAUGACCAAUUUAUUGUGGCUCUGCCGUGGCCACUACCUUGUCCUUCUAUGGAUUUCGGAAGCCACACUUUUAACAAUCUCCACUGCUAUGCCACCACCAAAUCCCCUCAAAUGCAACAACGUUAACUCAGAUUGCCAACUUUCCAAUUCCUACGGAGUUUGGGGCGAUAGACAAACAUGUCGCGCCCCAAACAUUGUAUAUCCAACAACUGAAGAAGAACUUCGUCGAGAAUUAGCCAAUGCAAACAAAAACAACCUUAAAGUCAAAAUCGUAACACGAUUUUCACACACUAUUCCUAAACUUGCAUGCCCCACGAGCAACUCAAAAAAUUAUGUCUUCAUAAGCACUGAAAAAUAUGACUCUACGGUCGAUAUUAACAUGGAAAAACUAACUGUCACCGCUGAUGGUGGAGUUGGACUCCGAAAACUUAUUGAUACGAUAGAAAAGGCGGGGUUGAGUUUGGUAGCGGCUCCGUAUUGGGAAGGAGUGACGGUUGGCGGCGUAAUAAGUACGGGGGCUCACGGUAGUUCGUGGUGGGGCAAAGGAGGAGCAAUUCAUGAUCAUGUUAUUGGUAUAAGUCUAAUUGUACCAACUAAUGAAUCUGAGGGUUAUUCUAAAAUAAUCAAAUUGACACCAGAGGAUCCACUUUUGAAUGCUGCUAAAGUUUCUCUUGGAUUGCUUGGCAUCAUUUCUAAAGUGACAUUUCAGUUGGAGCCAGCAUUCAAGAGAAGUAUAAGAUUUAAUUUCACAAAUGAUAGUGCGAUAGAAGAUGAAUAUAAGGAACAUGCAAAGAAGAAUGAAUUUGGCGAUAUUCAAUGGUACCCUUCUAGACAAACUGCUGUCUACAGAUAUGACAAUAGAGUCCCCUUAAAUACUUCUGGCGAUGGUCUCAAUGAUUUUCUUGGAUUUCAAUCCAAUCCUAUUUUGCUUUCCAAGUCUGUUCGAGCCAUAGAAAAGGGAUUUGAAACCACUAGAAAUGUAGGUGGAAAAUGCACAAUGGCAAGUUCUUUCGUGGCAUACAAGAAACUGAUAGCAAAUGGAUUUAAAAACAACAAAUUAAUCUUCACUGGUUAUCCAGUAGUAGGCCAUCAAGGCAAAAUGCAAACUUCAGGUUCUUGUUUAUACUCAUCUCCUAUAGACAUCACCACCACAUGUGCUUGGGAUCCAAGAAUCAAUGGACUCUUCUUCUAUGAAUCCACAGCCAUAAUCCCAUCUUCAAAAUUCGUAGAUUUCAUACGUGGUGUGAAAAAUUUGCGCGAUUCGGUCAAGUCAGAGAGUAUGUGUGGGGUUGACCUGUAUAACGGAUUCCUAUUUCGUUUUAUCAAGGCCUCAGAUGCAUAUUUAGGCCAAGGCGAAGAUUCAGUGGUUGUUGAUUUUAACUAUUAUCGUGCUAGCGAUGCCUUAACCCCGCGACUUAACCAAGACAUUUGGGAUGAAAUUGAGCAAAUGGCAUUUGUUAAGUAUGGGGCUAAGCCACAUUGGGCUAAGAAUAGGAUUGUAGCAUUUCUUGAUGUGCAAAAGAAGUAUCCAAAAUUCAACAAGUUUGUUGCUGCCAAGGCACAAAUGGAUCCCAAGAAUAUGUUUUCUAGUGAAUGGUCUGAUGAGAUAUUGUUUGGAAAACAAGAAAGUUUAAAGGGUGAUGGAUGCGCCUUAGAAGGGCUGUGUAUUUGUUCAGAAGAUAGACAUUGUAGUCCCUCAAAAGGGUACUUUUGCAAGCCAGGACUUGUUUAUCAAGAAGCACGUGUGUGUAGGUUUUCAUCAACUUCCACAAGUUGAAUAAACAUUUUAUCCUACUGAAAAUUAAUGUCCAAGAUAGAACCAGUGUACCUCGUGUUUUGUCUUGAUGCAAAAUUUCAAUUCCAGAAAAACAAAAAAGCAAUAACAUGUGGCACUCGAAUUGGAAGAAGCGUGAGAUUUAUGGCUUAUUGAGGUUAAUGUGUAGAAUUAAACCAGACCACAUAUUUUAAGUGGCUGACUGACUUAUAGAUUUUCCAAAAUUUUAAAUAGAAAAUGUUGUAGUAAUAUUUUAUCAUGUGUUAAAAUAUUCAAUCAUGUUUUGUGAGUUGGCGACAAAUUCCCUAACGGGAAAGGAACCUAAUUAGCUAAGUAUACUUAAGCUAAUUGUUAUGUAACUGUUACCUUAGGGUGGGUGUUAGACUGAAAUCGAAAUUUAAGAAAGAGCAAAGAAAUUUGAUA